AUGCUCUGCUCUUGUGUCAUGCCCACUCUUCAGGCGGCGUCGGUGGGCGUCGGCAGGCGUGUGGCUCCUUUGGAGCACCUCAGAGGCGCCGGAAGCCACCACUUCGACUUUCCACAGAUGACAUGCCGAACAGCACAGCAGCGCGGUUCACGUAUGGUGCAGGACCAUGCCGAGCAUCGCCGCAAUUCCCUUUCCAUUUGUUGUCUUCUACGCGCAGAGCUUGCCUCAUUCUUCAAAUCAACACGCAGGGACGGUACAGGCAGGGGACAUAGCACCAGAGGCCGAGUGCAGCAGGCCCUGGCCCAUCCUCCCCCUCCCACAGACAUCCGAGAGAGACCUGCACACAUUGGCCUGCAAGGCCGGUGCAACACGCCACCAUGCCCCUCCGACGCAUCAGUUGCUGCAGCGAUGGGCCCACAAACCGCAUGGGACCCGUUCCUCAAAUCCACACCACACAACCACCCACAUACAGCCGCAACACCAUGGGUGCCGUGCGAUCACGUUUAUCCUCCAAUAGAUCCUUUUGUUUUGUUCGGUUGGGAACUUUGCAUCUGA